AUGUUCGACGUGCAUGUGAUCGCUUGGAUUUGGUGUGGAUUAUGUGCUGGAGCCAGUAUAUUAGUGGCGAAUUUAAAGCGAAAAACUCACCCAAGGGAUGCUGCUGAGAACAAUGCAGAAUUUCGUGGACUGCAACGACGUUUUCUCUUUCCAUAUUUGGUAGUCCUCUUCUCAGAAAGUUUACAGGCUCCGUACCUCUAUGCGUUUUUCUAUGAUCUCCACUACUUGCCUUCGCAAAUCGCUGUUCUGUACGUGGUUGGCCUCAUUUCUAACAUGGUCUUCAGUUUCUAUUGCGUACAUCUUUCGGCAAGAUACGGUCGUCGUGCCCUUUGUCUUUUGUGUAUCACAGCUGGAGUGUUUGGCUGUGGCUGUAAACUUAGUACAUCAUUUGUGGUUCUCUUUAUUGGUCGUAUACUCGAUGGUCUUUUUGCGGCUCUUGUCACCAGUCCGUUCCACCAGUGGUAG